AUCUUGUGUGGUCGGGCCCAAUCGCAACCUUAUGCUGAAAAGUAUAAAGAGGAACGUCAUGGAAGUCGAAGAUGGCAUCCGUUGCAAUCGACUCACCUCAACAGCUCUUCGCCGUCAAAACACUGCCGUCAUUCCCACCGUAGGCAUCGAUCGUCCAGCAUACAAGGUGUCAAUAUGAGGAACUUUCUACCCCUCGCGGCAGUGUUGGCAACAUCAUGCCUCGCCACAGACCCUCUUACGCCAGACAAGGUGGAGGCAGACAUCAAGACCGACGAGCUCCAGCGCAACCUCUGGAACCUCAACAAGAUUGGGCGCGACAACGGCGGCAACCGGGCGUUCGGCACGCCGGGGUACAAGGCGUCGCUCGAGUUCGUGCUGGAGCGGGCGCGGACGCGCUUCGCAAAGGAGAUGGACACGUGGGUGCAGCCGUUCACGCACACGUUCGAGCAGACGCGCGAGAUCUGGGUGCGCGGGCCCGACGGCAAAGACGUCUAUGUCAUCACCCUGCUCUACAACCACCCGACGCCGCUGCCUGGCGGCGUGAGCGCCCCGCUGGUUGACACGCCCGUCGAUAAUGAUCGCGGGUCUGCCUGCUUCGCUGACCAGUGGGAGGGCAUUGAUGCUGAGGGGAAGCUGGCCCUUGUCAAGAGGGGCGUGUGCCCCAUCUCCGAUAAGCUCAAGCUCGCGAGGGCGCACGGGGCGCUGGGAGUUAUACUGUACAACCAGGACCCGGGCGUUGACUACGGAAGCGCGACUCUCGGCGCCGAGAAUAUCGGGCAGCUGGUUCCCGUUGGGCUCAUCCCGCUGGAGGUUGGGACGGCGUGGAAGUCGAGUCUCGCGGCCGGGGAGGAGGUGGUCGUCACCUUGCUUGUUGACUCCAUCUUCGAGGAGAAGGAGACGUGGAAUAUCAUCUCUGAGACGAAGGAGGGCAGCCCGGACAACGUCAUCAUGCUGGGUGCGCAUCUGGACAGUGUUCAGGCCGGUCCCGGUAUCAACGACGACGGCAGCGGAGUCACGGCCCUGAUGGAGAUUAUGGGCUCGUUCAAGAAGUACAAGGGAUUCCCGAACAAGGUCCGGUUCGCGUGGUGGGGCGCCGAAGAGAGCGGGCUGGUCGGGUCGCUGCAUUACACGUCCCAGCUGACGGAGAGCGAGGCCGACAAGAUCAAGUACUACUUCAACUACGACAUGAUCGCCUCCCCUAAGCCUUUCUACCACGUUUACCAGGCCAACAACAGCGGCGUUGGCGCGGAGGCGUUGCUGGAAUAUGUCGCGUCACAGGGCAAAGACGCGGAAUACGGAUCCUUCGGCACCAGCUCCGACUACGUCGGCUUCCUCGAGCUCGGCAUCCCGUCGUCAGGCCUCUUCACCGGUGCCGGCGCCCCCGAGGACCCAUGCUACCACCUCGCCUGCGACACGCUGGACAACAUCGACUGGGACGCCCUCACCGUCAACGCCCGGGCCGCCGGCCGCGCCGCCGCCAAGCUGGCCUUGUCCCUCGAGGGCGUGCCGGCGAGGAGCAGGACGACGCCCAACCUCCGCGGCAGGGCGGGCAUGGUCGAGAACUUCCGCCGGUGGGAGGCUGCUGCUAAGGAGGCGGCGCAUGGGCAUAACUGCGCGCAUAAGAGUAAUAAUGUUGUCUGAUAGUUGGACUGGUUUUGCCGUCCGUUGGAAUCAUGAUGGGCGAGGCGGAUAUUAGUGCCCAACUUUACUAUUCUCCACCAUUGCAGGCGUUAGGCAUUUGGCGAGAAGCAUUUGUAUCAGGCGUGGAUAGGCGGGUGUGGUGGUGUGGUGUGGUAUUUUGCGGUGUUGGGGGGGAAGGGGCCG